CAAAAUAUGGAAUAUCGACGUCUUACCGCACUGGAUAAGCUCUAUAGAAUCAUAGAUCAUCUAGUGCGUUACAACAACGGUUAUACGGUAUAUGGAUUUUGGAGAAUAUGUUAUCCACAUUACAUAAAACUAGAGCAUCAUCAACUCAAGAAAAUUUUAGAAUUAAAAUUAGACCAUGUUAGAUAUCCCUUGUCUCGGGUUAAUAGUUUUAAAUUAUACGCAGCACAAAUUUUGGAUAUCAAAGAACAAGAUGAGCCCACUAUUGAGAUUUUUCCUAAUUUGGAAUGGGAUGAGUAUUACAGAGUAUUUGGAUUUUGGAAAUGCAAAACCUGCAAAAAGAAAUGGAGGAGUGCCUACACUUGGAUAUCUCUUCGUGAAUUUAUAUUUAAAACGUCGGCGAAAAAAUUAAAAAAUUACUACAUGCAACAGUGCAUUAAUUGCAAUGGUGACGCAAAAUGUAGUGGUGAAAAGAAAAAAGAUAGUGAUACGAGCGUUAUCUAUAAGUAUGAACCUCUGGAGUUAUCAGAUGGCGGCAAACAUAAAGAUCACUUAUGUGCAAAGGGACAAAAUUCUUUCAGUCUUGACUGA